GUCAUUUCAUUUUUGGAAGAAAAAAAAAAUUCAUAAGGCAACUCCGACGGCGAUAUCUGAUGCCCUAGACGCCGUCACUCUUUUCCCUUCCACCGCCUGCUGCCUAAUCAUCUGACGUCGUCUCCGUCUUCGAGCUCAUCAGAUAUGGCUUCUUCAAGUGAGAAAAAGAAGUAUCCUUUGCGACUUUAUGAAAAAGGGAAAACACCUAUUCAGAAAAAGAGCAUGAAUCACAACUGCCACUUGAGCAAUUUGACAAUGGUGAAAGAAGCAAUUGGACAAGAUGUGUGGAAUGACAUACGGGAUUCAUCGGUUGGAGUGAUUAUUAAGCUUCAUCAAAUGGAUGAUUACAUUUGGUGUGCCAAGACCGUCCACUACUUCUUAACGAACCAGCUAGCAAUUAAGAAGAAUCAUGAGAUAUGGUCAUUGAUUGAUGGUCAACCAAUUAGGUUUUCUUUGUAUGAAUUUGCAGAUAUUACCGGUCUGAAAUCCGAUCCAUUUGACGGUCAAGACAAAUGUGAUGUUGAUCAUAAAGAGUUUUGGGGUGAGCUGGCUGUUUCUCCAGAGCAAGGACCUUCUUUAAACGAACUGAAAAUGGUGUUGGCGAGAUGCAGGGACUGGAGUUUUGCUAAGAGAAGAAUGUUUGGUUUGUUGUGUGUUUUGUCCAUUGGGAUAUUUGGCAUUUCUCCAAAUAGUAGAAUCCCUUUGGCAUGUGCCAAACAAGUAAUGGAUCCAGACGCCUUCGAUAGGUAUCCUUGGGGUCGGUUUGCAUUUAAAAGCCUGAUGGAUUCGAUUAAAGUGGUCACUUUUGGAGCAAAGAAUACCUACAUAAUUCGAGGGUGUGUUCAUGCCUUGCUCAUAUGGGCUUAUGAGUCAGUACCUGCUUUAGGAAAGCUGUAUGGGAACAAGAAAGAAGGGCAAGAAGUUCCUCUGGUUUCAUGGGGUGGAUCCCGUAGGCGAUUCAAUUUUGAGGACUUGUUUGCAGAGGAGAAAAAAACUUACGAUAAGGUGCGUGUUAGGCAUUUAAUUGUAAAGCCAGAAGAAGAGAUAUAUCCUAAGUGGAUUGAGGAUGAGGACGAUCAAGAUUUGGACAACUUGAUCAAGGAUAUCAUUCAUGAUCGUUUGGAGAUAAAUGCUUGGGAUGCCGUUGUUGCGAAAGAUCCAGUUACCAAUAUGAGGAAAAGGAAAAUACAUGUCAACCAGAGUGACGAAGAUAAUGGAGCCGAGACGUAUACACAGAAAAAUAAGAAACACUCAAGAACUUCAAAGAGAAAUUCCAAGGCCGUGGCUCCUGUUGAGGAACCAAAAUUUUACUGUCCAAUUUGUAUGUGUCCAUUGACUGAGGAGACGUCAACAAAGUGCGGUCACAUUUUCUGCAACAGUUGCAUAAAGAAAGCAAUUUCUCAUCAACCUAGUUGCCCUUCAUGUAGAAAACAUGUCACUGCUAGUGACCUGAUUAGGAUUUACCUUCCAACCACCGAAUGAGCAUGUUACAUAAACUUAACCAUGGUUAAUGGUCUUUAGGAACAAUGAAGAGAUGUUCAUCAGUUGUAGUUUGUUAUUGAAUGUUUUUCUGUAUUGUGAGAGAAUUAACUACCUUUCCUUCUAAUGGAUAUCAUUAAUUGGUGAUCUGUAACACUGUUCUUGUCUAGUGUUGUUGAGAUAUUUUUGGGAAGAUAAUGUUGAAUCUUAAGAAAUCAUCUUUACAUCA